CCGGAACGGAAGUAAACUGAAAUAACAAAUCACAAAAUUAUCGUUAUUUGUACAUAUUUUAAGUGUGAAUGCCGCCAAAUUGAUUUGCCGAAGAGCCGCCCCCGCCGCCGCAGUCGGCCGCCGGUCGCCGCGCGGCACGGAGCUCCUAGUCCCACACUGUACACUCCACUAUACCACUGAGAAAAGGACGAAAAACUCACCAUCUCGCAUGGCGGACGAGAAUGCCGUGGACUGCUUGUUUGAGAGGCUGCGCCUGUACCAGCCGCGCUCGCCAGAGGCCGCGGAGCUGGCGCGCGGGGUCGCCUCCCGCAUCAACACCCGCCUCACCUCGCACGAUAAACUGAUACGUCAGAACACUUUAGAUAAACUUUGGUGCAAACAAACUGGAGCUGUCCAAAUAUUACUGUCAAUAUUAGAGAAUUCCAGAGACAACAUUACUUCUAGUUACAUAACAUCAAUAUUGAGAGAUGUUUUAUGUCUAAAACAAGGAAAAGGAAAAAAAUGUUCAGUCACUACAGAAGCUGCGGGAAAGAAGAAAGAGGUCAAAAAGGCAGGGAAAGAGAAUGUAGCGCCUAAUAGUAAAAGGGCCAACAAUCUAGCUAGGCAACAAUGUUGUCAACAUUUUAUAUCGCUAAAUGGCACGCAAGUUAUGCUCCGAGCAUUACUCGCCACGCACAGCAAGCGGGACGGAAACGUAAAUACAGAACUGAUGCAGCAAGAUAUUGUGUGGACUCUAGCAGCUUUAGCACCAAAAGAUGGAAAAUUCGCUAUUAAAGUCAGAAUGCUAGGAUGCGUCAGAACGAUGCACCUCAUACUAAAAGGGCAUUUAACUGAUAACAAAAUUAUAUUUCCUUUGCUCGUUAUAAUGAAGCAGCUUUCUAAAAACGCUGUAACCACAUCGAUUCUGGUCCGGGAUGGAAUAGUAGCUACAUACGAUCGUCUCCUAGGAAGCAUGGGCUUUAUACCAACUGCUAGGCUACGACUCUGUCUAGAUGCUAUAGAUUAUUUUAGUAAAAACAAGGUAUGCUGCAUGCAGAUCGUGAAGACUGGUCUGUGUAGUGUUCUCCUCCGAGUGUUUGACAAGUGGGACCGGUACGAGGGCCGCAUGAGGCUGAAAAUUUGUGCGCACAUACUGCAAACCUUAAAACACGUCUGCAAUAUAAAGUCUGGUCGUCGAGCUUUGUGUACGAAAAAGCAUGUGCAAACUCUGCAUAGAUUUUGUUCCCAAUGUCCUGAUGAGCCGGAAUUUGAUGGCCUCCUGGGUCGUGUGUGUUCUGUGAUAAGUUUAUGUCUACGACAUCAGGCUUUGCCAGUACCUGCCAGUAGCCCAGCUGUGUUCAACUUGGACCCUAUUAUCAAAGGUACUAAUACUUCUUGGCCGUGCCUAGAAGAUGAUGAUGAUGGAGCAAAUUCAGAUGCAAAGUCGGUGAACUCGGACAUAGAUGACGAGGGACAAGACACAGAUGAUUAUCUUAGUUCCAAUGCCUCGUUUGAAGAAUCUGAUUCAAAGACUGAUGAAAUAGGUAAAAUCGAGAAAAACAGAAAAGAAAGCAUUCAAAGUGCGCUGUGGAUUAAUUCUAAUGAAAGAGACUUAGAAGAUUUAAAAAAGUACUUUAUAUUUUUCAAGGAAUUUGGAUCAUAUAGUAGACAAUUGAAAUUUGUGAAAGGACGGUCCAAUUCGAAAGGGUCUAUACUCGAAGACUUCCUAGCAUCACAGACGAGUAGCCGCAGAAGUUCACCGAGUUUGUCUUACGCCAGCGGAGCCGGAAACAUUGAGUUUGAGUCCGCUAUGCUGUUACACAUGCCUUCGUUUCUUACCGGAUACAAUAAAAUACAAGAGAGUUCCUCCACUUCUAAUUCUUCAUUAAAAAUUCACAAAGACAUUCCUAGGUACAGUACUUUUGAAACUGUGUAUACAAUCAUAGCAUCAAGAGUUAAAAGUAUAAUACCAUUCGCAAAAGUUGCCUAUCCUGAUAUGAAUGGUGGACAGGGCUUAAAUAUUCCAGAACCUUUGAAUAAGAUGGACCGAGCUGCUUAUAGAAAUAAACUCCUGUCUAGUGUCGAUAGAGCUAUUAACCCUGAUGCAUAUAUGAACGAUGUUGUAGUUUAUGAUCUAGACGCCUUAUGUUCGGGAACACAAACGGAUACAUCACAAAAAAGUUUAAACACAGAAUCAAAUCGUUUAAGUAAUAGUGAUGAACAGGAGAUUCUGAGAGUUAAUACAUUUUGUCCUCGUCUCAGCUUCGAAUCACGAUUUGAAUCUGGUAACUUGAGAAAAGCCAUCCAGGUUGGCCAGCGUGAGUAUGAGCUUAUUCUGAUGCCGGAUGUAAACUCGAACAAGCGGCAUCAGUGGUUCUACUUCGAAGUCCGCAAUAUGCAGCCUGGCCGCCCCUACGUCUUCAACAUCAUCAACUGCGAGAAAUCUGAUAGCCAGUUCAAUUUUGGCAUGAAACCUCUAUUAUAUUCCGUAAAAGAAGCCGUUCUUGGAAGACCAGGCUGGGUUCGUGCCGGUUCGGAUAUCUGCUACUACAGAAACAGUUACCACAGCGCCAACCAAAAGAACUACAGCAAGUGCUACCUAACUGUCACCUUUACUAUUGACUUCCCUCAUGCCAACGAUGUCUGCUACCUCGCAUAUCACUUCCCCUAUACGUAUUCUUUGAUGAUGACACAAUUAUGGCAAUGGAGUUCUCAGCUGCCAUCGGGGGUUUACUUUCGUGUGGAACCGUUAUGUUACUCUCUGAAUGGAAACGAAGUACCAGUAAUUACUCUCACCGCAGAAGAUACGCCAACAAAUCCUAUUAUUGAUCGUGAGAUAGUGUUUCUGACGUCGCGCGUGCACCCCGGCGAAAGCAACGCGUCGUGGGUGAUGGACGGUACGCUCGGCCGUGCGCUCGCUGACACGGCCGCUGCGCGCGCGCUCCGCUCCAAGUACAUAUUCAAGAUCGUGCCCAUGCUCAACGUGGAGGGCGUCAUCAACGGGUGCCAUCGAUGCGGCCUAACAAACGAGGACCUCAACCGACGCUGGUGCAAACCGAGCCCCGUGCUACAUCCUACCAUUUACCAUACUAAGGGUCUGAUCGAGUACCUGGUGCGGGUAUGGCGGAGACCGCCGCUGGUGUACUGCGACUACCACGGCCACUCCCGAAAGAAGAACGUCUUUUUCUACGGCUGCGCGGGUGCCGAGAGCUGGUGCAGCACCGACCGUCUCCGACAUGAUGACCCUGUCAAGUACCUCAUGCUGCCGGCGCUGAUGCAUCGCAUCUCGCCAGCGUUCGCGCUGGGCUCGUGCGCGUUCCGCGUUGGACGGGAGCGGGAGGGCACGGCGCGCGUCGCGGUGUGGCGACACCUUAAUGUGCCUGCCUCAUACACCAUGGAAGCUUCCUUCUGUGGCUUCGAUCGAGGACCAUACAAGGGUUUUCACCUGAGCACGAGGCACCUUCAGGAAGUGGGUGGGGACUUCUGCGAGGCGCUGAGCUGCCUCGCCGACAGCUCCGCCAGCGUGGACGUCCAGCUCACCAGGGACUUGCACGGAAAUAUAAUUGAAAUAGACAUUUUGGAGAAUACUGAGAGAAAUUACAGAGAAAUUGAAGCGGACAGCGAGGGCUCCGCGGCCGACAGUGUUCUAAAAACAGACUCCGAUGAAGAUUUCGAUUAGUUUUUUUUUUGUUAAUAUUAUAGCAUAGGAACUAGGACUGCGAGGAGCUAUCCGUAGCCAUUUGAAAACAUUUCGAGCUGUCAUUAUAUGUAUAACUACGGUCGCAGAAUUUUAAGUUAACUUGCCGAAGGCACCUAUUAUUACUAUAGGUCUAACAAUUCUUUCUGUCCUGUCUGCUUAAAUGAAGACUUUAUGGACAGGAAAAUGAUUUGAUAUAGCCUAGGCCAGAUAUACAUAAAAGCCAGAUGAUGAAUUAGGUAAGUAACAAGGUUUGUUCAAAUUAUAAGGGAAAAAUGAGUAAUUGCCCUUAUGUUAUAAAAUGUUAGUUAUCUGGUUCAUCCGCUCACGUGGUCAAUAAAGUGUCUCGACGUCUGAUUGCUGAUCUAACAUAACCUAUGAUCUGACAUAACCUAUGAUCUAACAUAACCCACCUGUCUCUUCAGUCCCCCAGUCGCCUAAAGAGGCGCUUGCGCGGCCCAUUUUCGA